AUGGGCUCCAUUGACAUCUCUGCAGCCAAGCCGGACUGCAACCUAUUCUCCGAGCGUGGUCAACACGCCGUGGAACUUGGUGCCAGUCGUAUAACAUGGGACAUCAUCAGCGACAUGUGGCAUCCUCAGAAGAACCCGUCUGGAUAUCUUUCCGUGGGCAUGGCAGAGAACACGCUGCUGCAUGACACGCUGCUGGAGUAUAUCAAUGGCAACACGCAUCUUUCUGCGGAACACCUUACCUACAAUAACGGGAGUAUGGGUUCAAACGCCCUUCGGAAGGCUGUCUCACACUUCGUGAACAGACAUUUCACUCCCUCCAGACCGGUCAAGCCGGGCCACAUCCUCAUGACCAACGGCUGUUCCUCUGCCAUUGAGCACCUGAGUUGGACAUUUCUCAACCCAGGCGAGGCAAUCCUCCUCAGCAAGCCAUACUACAGUACCUUUAUUGCCGACAUCACCUUGCGGCCCGGAUCGGUGGUAGUUCCUGUGGAAAUGGGUGGCAUGGAUCCCUUAAGUCCGGCAGCAGUCGAAAACUACGAGAGAGCAGCGAGGGAAUUUGAAGCACACACCGGAAAGCGAGUUCGUGCCGUUAUGCUCUGUAAUCCGCAUAACCCUUUGGGUCGGUGUUAUCCUCGUGCUACGAUUGAUAAGUUGAUGAGGCUCUGCCAAUCGCGCAGAAUGCAUUUGAUCAGCGAUGAGAUCUAUGCUCUGUCAGUCUGGAACAAUCGCGUUGACAAAGAUAUUUCUUUUGCCCCUUUUGAGUCUUUGCUGUCGAGAGACACCACCGGGCUGAUUGACCCUGCCUAUGUGCAUGUUCUCUGGGGUAUGAGCAAGGACUUCGGUGCCAAUGGGCUCCGAGUGGGUGCCGUCAUUUCUCAGUCGAACCCCGAGCUGCACAUUGCUCAGAAGUGCCUCUCACUGUACAGUUUCAUCUCCGCCAUGUCGGACCAGAUUACAGUCUCUAUCCUUCAAAAUGAUGACUUCACAGACAAGUAUAUUCAGAAAAACAGAGAAAUGCUCUCCCAUUCUCAUGAGUUCCUUGUGCGCCUUCUCCAGAAGCACGAUAUUGAAUACCUUCCCGGGUGUCAUGCCGGCUUCUUCGUCUGGGUCAAUCUCGGGAAGAAAUACAGAGAGACACAUCCUGGGGAGGUCGAAGUGGGACAUGCGCUCACUGACACGCUGUUUCAGAGAUUACUUGAUAACAAGGUGUAUGUGGCUCACGGUACUGCUUAUGGAUCGGAGAGCCCAGGCUGGUUCCGCUUGGUUUUUUCGCAUCCUCUUCCUUGGCUGGAGGAGGCAAUGAUUCGCAUAGUCCGUGCUUUAAAGUAA